UCCACAGCCACUCUGCGGUUGGGGAUCGAAUGGGCAUCUGGAUGAAGACUGGCACUAGUGUAGAGGCAAAAAGAAUAACAGAAGGAAAGAAAGUUUAGGAUCUUACUUUUGUUGGCUGAAAGGUGUCCAAAAAGCAGUCUGGGAUGAACUUCAAUUUGGGCUUGAAAGCAGGGUUGGGAGACUCAAGUUCAAUGGAGAACUUGGAGAAGCAGCUCAUUUGCCCCAUUUGUCUGGAGAUAUUCACUAAGCCUGUGGUCAUCUUACCCUGCCAGCACAACCUCUGUAGGAAGUGUGCCAAUGAUGUUUACCAGGCCUCUAGCUCUUUUUGGCAAAACCGGGGCUCUACCACUCUGUCUACAGGGGGACGUUUCCGCUGCCCAUCUUGUCGCCAUGAAGUGAUAUUGGACCGGCAUGGUGUAUAUGGCCUUCAGAGGAACCUGCUAGUGGAGAAUAUCAUUGAUAUCUACAAAUCAGAGUCUACCAGGUUACUCCUGCCCAAAACAGACCAACAGCAGCUGAUGUGUGACCAGCAUGUGGAGGAGAAGAUCAACAUCUACUGCCUCACCUGUAAGACACCGACAUGCUCCAUGUGCAAGGUGUUCGGGGCUCACAAGGACUGCGAUGUGGCCCCACUGCCGGUCAUCUACAAGAGACAAAAGACAGAGCUAAAUGAUGCCAUAGCCAUCUUGAUGGCAGGAAAUGACAGAAUACAGACCCUGAUCUCACAGAUGGAGGAUAUUUGUAGGAAUGUCAAGGAAAAUGGUCGUCGACAGAAGCAGCACAUCUCUGAUAAGUUUGAUGAACUUUUUGCCAUCCUAGAAGAGCGUAAAAGGGAACUAGUAGAGACUGUCGGCCGUGAGCAAGACCAAAAACUAGGCCAUGUUCGCUCCCUUAUCCGUCUCCAAGGAGACCACUUAGAGAUGUCCAUCAAACUGGUGGAAACAGCCGUCCAGUCCAUGGAGGAACCUCAGAUGGCUGUGUUUCUGCAGAGUGCAAAAGAAGUGUUCAAGAAGAUCACAGAUACUGCCAAGGCCACCAACAUUGAGCAGACGGAGGCAGGCUUUGAGAGCAUGGACCACUUCACCAUCAACACGGAGGAUGUGGCCGACAUGCUGAGAGGCAUUGACUUCCAAUCAGGUGAAGACGGAGAAGACGGCAGUAAUGAAGCUCCUGAAGACCUGACCAACUCACCUGGUCAGAGUGGUGAAUCAGGGAGAUGCUAACUUGUUUUUAAACCCAAGGGUAUUUCCUGUACUGACUUAAGAGAGACUAUAAGGAGGAGGUUUUAUUUAAUCCUUUCAACAUGGCAAGAGCUUCUUUCAUCUGGCAUUUUGUGGCCCUAAGACUCUGAGCUAUAGUUCAGUGAGAGGAAUUACAAAUGUAUUCAUAGCUUUUACAUUCUGGAUGUUUAAAACUGUGUUUAUGAUGCAGCUUUUGGUCUUUUUGGAUCACAUAACUUUAGCAGAGUUGAUACCACUUAAAGUUAGAGAACGUAUGAAACCAGAAAACAUGUGUGGGUUGUCCAAAUGAUAUAUUGUUUUGCAUUCUUUUGUUGGUAAUCUAUUCAUCAAUAUUUUUCAUUUUUUUCACUUUGUGUUUUCAUUAAAAGUGGUGAAUGAUGUGUAUAACAUGGGCUGAUAUUUCUGUAUUUAUCUACAAAUACACCCAACCUUAUUUCAAAAUAAUGAUUAAUGAUUCAUUUGAAUUGAAACUCUAUACCUAGCUCAACCAUUAGUAUCACAUGUAAAAAAAAAAGAAAGAAAAAAAGGCUUUUGGAAUUAUUACCGUUACAGCCCUUCAAUUCAUGAUAUGCAUUUAACAUUUCAAAAGAGCAUAGAGUAAUUUCCAUUGUGACAUCUCACACUCACCACUUUGUGUUUUUAUGUUUUGUGUAUUGUUAAUUCAACCCGUGUCUGCUGUGAUCAUUA